AUGCCUUGGUCACGUAGCUCACCCACCCGCUGGACACGUCCCCUGAGUGGGAUGGAGGGAUAUUUCAACUUCGUCGGGGGUGUCUCCGCGGCGUUGUGUGACGACCGACAGCACUAUACUCUCCUCUCGAAAGUAAGAGUUGAACUUGAUGUCCCGGAUUGGCGAUACCAACAGCCGCAAAUCGCUGCCACUGUAGAGAACAUGGAGCUAAUAUAUGAAGUUGCAAAUGAGACCCGUGUGGCGAAAUGGGUCGAGGAGACGUUUGUGGUUUCUUCAGCAUCAGACGCGGAUGAACUGCGUCGAUCCGUACAGCUGAUCAAGCAGGCUAUGCUGUAUUACAUCCCUGCUUCGUCGGAACUUGUCUUGCGAGUCCACCACACCAUCAUCGAAGGUACUGGGAUUAAACUAUUCUGGCACAGCUACUUCAACGCUCUGGUCGCUCCAUUGGCUCAAAUCACUUUUGGUGACGAACAUCUCAGACUCCCUCCGGUGCUCGAAGAGGUCUUGGGCAAUUCAGAGCAACCAACACCACAGCAAGCUGACAGAACAGCCGAGUUGCUUGGUCCUGUGGCCGAGAGCAUGCCGGGCAUCGGCCCUGUUUCCAAGCUCGGCAAGGCUCCAUCAGGUUGCUUUCACAAUAAGAAAAUACGCUGCAAGGAUAGAUCGUUUAGCGUCACCUCUGCAGUACACGCCGCAUACAUACAGACAAUCACGAAGUACGCUGACCCAACUGCCAAUGUCUCACGAUACGUUACCAUGAACUCUCUGAGCCUCAGGCCGUACCUAGCAAAGCCGCACAACACAAGUGACUAUGGUGUCUCGCUCUAUUAUGCUCCCCUACCUUUCGUACUCGAUACUCCCACUUCAUUUUCCGAGGCGGCAACUGCACUGCACGAGCACUAUCAGACUGGGUUCAAGAACAACACCGAGAACCGGGAUAUCUGCGGGUAUGUGACAUGCAUGCUACGCGAUAUGGUGCAGACUCCCGAGUUCCAAGCAAAGCCUAUAUCGAGGGAUGCCCUAGUUAGCAGUCUGGGUAUUGUGGAGGAGCAUCUGAAGCAUACAUAUGGUACGACCGUGACUGUGGAGGAUUUCAUGUUUGGGGCUGAGACGGUCCUUGGUAUGAGCAUGUUAUUUAUCUAUACGUUUCGCGAUCAACUGCGGCUGGUGUACAGCUUUAAUGAUGGUUUUGAGGAAGGAUCAGAUAUUCUGAUGUAUCUUGAGGAAGUUGAUAAGGUUAUGACGGAGGAACUGCUGGGUUGA